AGGGGAAGAAGAAAUACAACAACUACUAGUGGCAUGAAAUAAAAAAACAAGGAUCUAUAGAAAAAUCAACAGCUCAGCUGAGUUCCUGGCUUGCUCUGUAAUUUCUAUCUGGAACAAUGAGAACGGGUCAAGAUGUUGACUCUUGGUGGGUUCGAGCUCCUCAUAUAUUCAGAUAUCUCCUUCUCCAGGGAGCAUCUAAUCGUAGGAAAAGGGUUGCACUUUUCUCCAAGGAGUUGUCAGAAUUUCUGGGGAAAACAUCACAAUGGGGAAGGAGAAUGCAGGCCAUGUGUUUGUGUUAAUGUCUCUGAUGAUGGCUUUGUGGGGAUGCGAGGCGUCUGGUAAAUUCGGGUUCGAUGUUCAUCACGUUUUCUCCGAACCAAUCCAACAAAUGCUGGGUUUUGACGGUCUCUUGCCGGAGAAAGGGAGUUUGGACUACUUCAAGGUUCUGGCUCACCGUGAUCGCCUCAUCAGGGGCCGUGGUCUUAUUUCCUCCUCCAACAACGUCCAGACCCCUCUCACUUUCAUUCGAGGCAACCGUACUCUUGAACUCGAUGCUCUUGGAUUCUUGCAUUAUGCGAAUGUUUCGGUGGGAACUCCGGCUACUUGGUUUCUGGUGGCACUGGACACAGGCAGCGAUUUGUUUUGGUUGCCCUGUAAUUGUGGCACCACUUGUAUAAAUAACUUGAACGAUACUAGACUCACUCAGCGGAGUCAGCCGCUCAACCUGUACAGUCCUAAUGCAUCUUCGACAAGCUCGAGAGUUGCAUGUGGCGACGCUCGGUGCUUCCAAGAGGAGCUAUGCCCUUCUGCUGGCAGCACUUGUCCUUAUCAAAUCGAAUAUCUUUCUGCCAACACCUCAUCCAGGGGAACAUUGUUCCAGGAUGUGUUGCAUCUGGUCACAGAAGACGAGAAUUUAAAGCCUGUGGAAGCUAAUAUUACACUUGGUUGUGGUCAGGUUCAGACCGGGGCAUUCAGUAGAAGAGCAGCCGUGAAUGGUCUUUUUGGGCUCGGUCUAGAAAAUUACUCUGUCCCCAGCAUGCUAGCGAAAGCAGCUAUCACCUCAAAUUCUUUCUCUAUGUGUUUCGGGAACAUUGUCAGCAUUCUUGGAAGAAUCAGCUUCGGCGACAAAGGCCAUUCGGAUCAGCUAGAAACUCCACUUCUUCACGUUAGACCAAGCCCGACGUAUGUGGUGAAUGUCACUGGAAUUGAAGUGGGAGGAAAUGCAAUCAAUGUUCAGCUGUUUGCACUUGUUGAUUCCGGCACGUCAUUUACUCAGUUGCUGCAGCCUGCGUAUGACGCUGUUACCAAAGCUUUCAAUGCCCUUGUCACUGACAAGCGACUUCCGGUUGAUCCCUCCUUUCCCUUUGAGUUCUGCUACGAGUUAAGUCCAAACGCUACGACCAUUGUUUUUCCAGCUGUAGACUUAACAAUGUUGGGAGGAUCCGCAUUGAGACUCAGAAAUCCGCUGUUCGUGUCGGAGUUUCAGAACGGAAGUGCCAUUUACUGUUUGGGUAUUGUGAAGAGCGUCGAUUUCAAGAUUAACAUCAUCGGACAGAACUUCAUGUCGGGAUAUCGUGUCGUCUUUGACCGGGAAAGGAUGGUGCUGGGCUGGAAAGAGUCUGACUGUUUUGGUGAUGAGGGCCUGACGACAUCGCCGGCUCCCCCUCCGUCAGAGACGGCGGCUCCUCCCCCACGAGUAUCUGUGGCCGAUAUGCAACCUCCUACUCCGUCUUCAUCCCCCCGUCCUCCUCCUCCGACCAACUCAAGUGCCUCCUCUCGCACUGGCUCUGCUUCUGAUCGUUUGAGCCCUCUCCCUUCUCCACUCUUUCUUCUUCUUCUUCUUCCUGUUAUGGCCUUCCUCUAGCUACAAUAUCCGCUCCUUUUGUUUUCGUUUGACGCUUCAUACUUUUCUGUUUGCUUUCCCCUCUUUCCCCAGCUUGCUUUUGUCAAGCGUUUUAUUUUCUAUCUGUAAAUGAUGUGCAAGUCGUCUUUUUUUUUUUUAAUAAUAAAAUAACAUCUGCAGUAAUGUGACGUGUUUGAGAA